AUAAAAAUUUAAUAUUUUAGCUCAUCUCGAAAACAGUUUCUCACCUGAGUUAAUCGAGUUAAAUUUGUGGCUUUACCUAAGAUACUUGAGCUAAAGUGUGGAGAGUACUUUAAACGAUAAGUGAACCCUUCAUAUUACUGAACAUACUUAACUGAACCUGCUACAUUCUAUGCACAAUGUCUCGAUGUUUAAGUCCUGAAGAACUAAUUGAUUUGUUCAAAUCUCUUGAUACAAAUGGAGAUGGAGUUGUUAGCAGACAAGAGCUGACGACGCGACUUGCUAACGCUGGAAUAUCUGCGAGAAGAGUACAGGAUCUUAUGAAACACCUGGAUAUAAAUGGUGAUGGUUUCAUUACUAUUGAAGAAUAUAAAUCAGCUUUGGGAUUGACUAAGGAACCAGCAGCUGAAUGGCGACGUCUGUUCAUUCAAAUUGAUCAAGACAGAAGUGGCGAGAUUGACGCUAAUGAAAUGCAAAAAUUAUUCGAUGAAGCCGGCAUGACAGUAUCACGUUCAGUGCUAGAUGAAUGGAUACGUGAACAUGAUAAAGAUGGUAAUGGCAAAUUGAGUUUCGAAGAGUUUCUUGCCUUCGUUACAUCUAACUUAUCAUAACAACUUUUGUACUUCAAAUUAUUAUUAUUGUUAUUAAUACUGUUCAAAACAUUUCAUGAAAGGUUAUUAAAAUAAUCCAUGAUUUAUGUCGUUUGUUUUGCG